CAACAAGUCAAAUCCGGUUUUUGUGUGUGUUUUCAAUUAAUUUUGUUAACAGAGACGAGAGAGUGGGGGAGAUGAGGAGAAGAGGCAAGGAAGAAGACGAAGUGGAGCUUUUGCUUCAAGCUGCUCAAGAUGAGAUGAUACUCAAGCUCUCUGUUGAUUCCCACGCUUCUCGAUCUUCUUCCGAUUACUUAGAUCCAGAUCUCCAUUCUAGAUUCCUCGCUCUCAAAUCUCAGAAGAAGAAUAAAGAUCAUCAGAAACGACGGCCGAGAUCGCCGACGAAAUCAAAGGAUGUGACUGAAGAGACGCCGGAAGAUCUCAUGCUCAGAUUCUCGGCUCUCAAGACUUCUCUCCCCUCCGCAUCUUCUUCGCCUUCGUCCUCUGUUUCCAAACCUGUUCUUCUUCAGGAUGAGAUCGAAGAAGAAGAAAUCGGAGAAGAUGCUGAAGUGGAGAAACUGAUUCAAUGGGCUAUAGACGCCGCUCGUCUCGAUCCUUCUCCUCCGUCUGACGAUGAUGACAAUCAGAGUUCCGAUGACGAUGAUGAUUCAACGAGAGUUGUCAAACGCUAAUUAUAUCAACUUGGCUCUCUACUUUAAGGUUGGUACAAAGAUAAGAGAUUAGGACAGUGGGAGCUUCUUAAUGAACUCUAAUACAGCUUUGGCAGUGUUAGUGGCAGCCAAAGAUCCAAACUUAUGAACUGUGUUAGCUCCUCCUACUCCAGCUAAAUCUGAUAACCCCCUUAUCACGAUUAUUGGAUA